ACUUGACUAGAAAUAUUACUCAGAAAGGGAAAGACAGAUCAAACGUUGGCCAGGCGAGCAGCCCGAGCAGCCAAUGGCUGCAUGCAUCUACUCCCCGAUCCCGCAGCGCACCACACUGCACUGAGACACUAGCUCUAUUGUCUAAGUGUCAUAGACUCGCAGUACAUUGUGGUGAAGUGAGAUACUGACAUGAUUUUGAUAUUUAACAAGAUUUGGCUAGGCUUUUACUAAAUCUAUAGUGAGUUCACUGACGAAAUACAUACGAGCCGAAAUAAAGAAAGGAAUAAUCGGGGCACCCCCUCUUCUGUAUAUCAACGUGGGCGCAGCCAUCUUGAACCGUGUUGACAAUCCUACCUAUACAUGAAGGGGGUAACAAAACAUUGAAACGCAGGGGCCGGACGCGAUCAUUCUAAACGCAACACAUUUUCCUUUCCCUUUGAACAGAAAAUAUAUGAAAAAGUUCACUUAUCCGAUUAAUUUAAAAAAGAGGGAACUGAUGUGGUCAAUUCAUUGAUGAAAACAAGUUCGCUUGCUUUGAAUUUUCUUCACGUCGCCUUUCUCAUGUUUUCAUGAUACCCCAGCGCCCCUGCUCAUAAGUGGUUUGGUCAAUCAAAGCGAAGGCGAAGCUAAGUCUCAUCUCACUUCGGGAAAGGUGUCAACUCUAACUAUUUGAAAUAGGCCUAGAUUUUUAUAAUAAAAUGGAUAAGUGGACUGUUCUUGUGAUAUUAUUCCUGAGUAUGUCCUAUAGCUCAUCAGAGGAGGCUGAUGAUGAAAAACAAAUGGCGACUUUUAAGAUCGAAGGAAAGCUGUCUGUGCCGGGAGUCAAGCCCGGAGAUUGGGUGCCACUGGCGAAGGUGCUUGUGGACGGCGGCCAGUUCGUCGGCUUUGUCAGAUCGGAUGGAACAUUUGAGGUGCAUGACGUACCUACUGGAUCCUAUGUCGUAGAGAUUGCUCACCCCAAGUAUAUGUUUGAAGCCACAAGAAUAGAUAUCUCAGCCAGGGGUAAGAUCAGAGCUAGGAGAGUGAACAAUGUUGACAGCAAGUCUGUGAUUCAGGUUACUUAUCCACUGAGGCUCAGGAGCAAGGGUCUUGCUGGGUACUUCCAGAAGAGAGAAGAGUUCAGGAUAGUCGAUGUACUAAAAAACCCUAUGGUGCUUAUGAUGGUCUUGCCUGUUGUAUUCAUUGUCAUACUUCCCAAGCUAGUCAACACACAAGAUCCAGAACUACAAAAGGAAAUGCAGAACAUGAAUUUGAUGAAUCAGAAGCAAGAUUUACCAGAUUUAUCUGAAAUGGCAACAAGUUUCUUCGGUGGGGGAUCAUCAGCGCAGAAGAAAUCCAAAGACAAAGCUAUUAAAGCUAAAAGGAAAUAACAUUUUAUUACCUGUUACAUCAAAGAGUAGGUUAUUAUGUUGUAGUACAUGGUAUUUUUAGAUUCAGAUGGCUAGGUUGAAACACAAGCAAAAUUGAUAUUUUGAUCUCAAUUGACACCUGUCUGGAAUAAUCUGUACCUAUAAAGACCAUAUAAUAUACAUAGGCCCCAUUUUAGAAAGGUUUACAACAGAUUAAAAUCAACCUCAAAUUGUGAUUGAACUAAAUUUGUGUAGAGAUAGGGAUUUUAGAUUGAUCACAAUUUGAAUUGAUUUGCACCUAUUGUAACUCUUUGUAAGAAGGGGAACAUGAAGCAUUUUAUAUCUAUAAAGAUAUUUAAAUAUUCAUGCUCUGUAAUGUAUUUUACUUGGCAUUGCAGUUUCUAUUUUAUUCAAAUAUAACUAUGCUUUUCCUGAAUAAUUAUCAACUUGCUACAUGAUCACUGGAUGCGGUAUUACGCUAAAUGCCAGUCAUUACUCGGUUAAAACCCUAAAACUGUCACAAAAUGACCCUUUCAAGAAUUUUGUCUACCCAAUUUGUUAAGUUUAAUUGGUUCGAUAUUAUUGCCAAAUGGGAUGGGUCAAAGCUCAGAACCUCUGUAGGAAGUAUUAUUUUUGCUGCACUUGUGAAUAUGAGCUAAAUACUACAUUUACAGUUCUAACUCUUGGGCUGUGUUAUUUGUGUAUUUUUCCUUUAUAAUUUUAAUAGGGAUGUCACUCUUUAGGUUGAAGAAGGAAUUUUAAUCCAAGCUCCAUUUUAAUGAAAUUUUUAAGUUUUUCUUAUUUUUCACAAAAAAGUAAUAGUAUGCAAAUAAGGUCACUCACUCAAUAUUUCUUCUGUAUUUUAUUAUAUGAAAAACACAUUGAAUAUUUCAAUAUUUGCGCAGAUGUGAUAAUAAGGAAGAAACUUCAUACUAGGUUUCAACAAUGGCAAUGCCAUACUUGUAUAUUGAGGAAUUAAUGUCUGUUUCACAUUAAAACGGAAAAUAAUAAGAUUUGUUAUAUUUUAUACAAUACAAUACAGAAGAAAUACAUGUAGUGAGUGAAUGAUGUCAUUGGUUCCCUCAAUUACAUAUUGACCUGGAUGUACAUAUAGCUGUUUUGUGAAAUUCAGCCAAAUGUUAAAAUGUAAAUUUUUUAUUUUACAUCCAAUUUUCAUGAUUAUGCUGAAAUUGAUCAUUCACAGGGCAAUUCCAUAAAAUAUGUACGUCCGACCCCCUAUAUUUGGGACCUUCAUGAAUUUUUUUUUGUCUCGGAUUUUUAAAUCUUUCGACAGUCUGUAAUGUUCUCUAAUUGACCAUUACUCGGUCAGAUUAUGAAGUGAAGUAAGACUUGAGAAAAAUGGGGUUGGAUGUACAAAAAGGUUGAUAAUUUUAUUGAAUUGCACCACAUCUACUGUUUUGGAUGGUAAACUUGCCCUUUAAGGCAAAUACUGUCUGAAGUGCAGGCUACAUAAGUGAAAGCAGGGUGCUACAUAAGCACUUGCCCGAUUGCCCGGGGCUAGUAAAAGUUAGAGUCAGGCAAGUGUUUUGAAGUAAAGACCAAAACUACUUUCCUGAAUCAGGCAAGCAAAAUUCUCACAGUAGAAUGACCAAAAUUUGAGUCGAUAUGAUAUGAUAUUGACCCUAAUUUUUGGUCAUGGCAGGCAAGAUAAAAUCACUUUGGAAAAAGAAAUGUCAAUAACAAGGUAGAUCAGUUCAUGUCAAAAGAGAGAGAAGCGUCAAUGGUUUAUAAAACCGCAAAACUUUCUUUUGAAGAUGAAAACCUUUUUUUUUCCAAGGAUUUUUUCGGGCAAGUGAAAUAGAUUUUUGGGCAAGUAUAUUCCAACUAUUUAAAAAUUUACUUGCCUGACCGGGCAAGUGCUUCUAAAAAGUUAUGUAGCACCCUGAGUGAGAGUAUUAGAGUAUGCAGUGUAGUAUUGCAGUGACAAUCUCUCUUUCUAAUUCUGUAACACCGGGUUACAAUACAAUGCCUUCAUUACAUGUAUAUUUUUCAAUUGAUUGUGUGUACAAGUUGUUCAUGACAGUAAUAUUUUAUUAUGGGUUUUUAUAUGUAUGAAUCUGAAUGUACAUGUAUGUUGAAAAAAAUUGUGAUUUUUAUUAUGGGACUAGUAUUUAUGUUUAGUAUUUUAAAGAUAUUUAGUACCUUUAAAACAUUUAUUAAGUAUUUGUUUGGAGAAUUCCAGACUUAAUCUUCUAAAUAACUAAUUGUCCAUGCAUUGAUGUGGAAGUAUAGUAGCCAAGUUUGAAGUAUUUACAAGAGAUUUGAUUUUGACAUAAAAAAAAGGAUAUACAAAGUGCAAUCAUUGUCUUGUUUUAUACAACAUAGGAUUUGUUUUGAAGGUAUUUCUUAAUUUAUCAUAUGUAUACAUGUAUGUGAUGAGUUUAUUUGAGAAUGCAAGAUAUUUUCUGUUAAGAUCAGUCUAGAAUAGUUGCAUACCUCACUUCCCAGUGUCAAGACUCUGUAAUUUAAUAAGUAUAUUUAUAGCAAUACAUGUAUUUGUCAGUGCACAAUUUGUUGAACCAUUUGCUGGUUUUAUCACACUACAAGCCAACUACCGGUACUUAUACAUAAUAGUACAUGUACAUAACAUUUAACACAUGUGAUCCAUCUGCACAAACCAGCAACAUGUUUAUUAUCAAGCAGGCUCCAAGUUUUGUAAUCAAAAGAAACAAAUAUAAAACUGUUCCGUCAUGUCACUCACUGACAAUAUGCUAACAUCAUUGUUUCAAGUAUUGUCCGUAAUAUAUCAUUACUCUGCAUUUAUAUGAUUGUUUGAUAUUAAAUACAAUUCAUUUCUCUGUAAAAGUCA